AUGGAGAACAACAGCACAGCCAACAAACCCUCAAAGGACCAAAAUUUCAGCAAGACUGCUACUUUCCCGCUCUUUUCUACCUCUACCACAAGUUUUCAUUUUACGAUUCCAGACAUUGAAAGCCAACUUCUUGCCGUAAAGACACUCGGCGUCAGUGAAAGGAAUUUUAUUACCAGCAAUAAACGGGAGCGAUGGCGACAACAGAAUGUCAACAUGGCAUUUUCCGAACUAAGAAAACUCCUCCCGACUUACCCAGUGGAUAAAAAGCUCUCCAAGGUGGACAUUUUAAGAACAAGUAUCAAGUACAUUCGAUUUUUGGACAGUGUAUUAAAAGAAAUGGACCGAGAAGAUAAAGACAAAGAAGGACACAAGAAUGAAGAAGUGAAAUGCCGACCUUGUGAAAACAGAGAAGGAAUAAGCUUUAGCGAAGAUAAACACAAGCCUUCUUGCUGUUUCCACAACUUAGAGAGAUCUUGA